AUGUCUUCUCACCAGACUUUCAGGAUCAAGCAAUUCCUGGCCAAGAAACAAAAGUAGACUUGUCCCAUUCUCCAAUGGAGUCAAAAAACUGUUAACCAAAUUGAAUACAAAUACAAAAGGAGUCAUUGUAGAAGAACAGAGCUAGUGUCAUAA